AAUGAAGAAAAGAAGAUUUUGAUUUUGAAGCCUGACCUCAGGUGGCAAAGAUUUUUCAUUUUUCAAUCUCAUGAACCUGAGCCAAAGGAAAGGAGGAGAGAGAGUCAAGACACUAAUCUCUCUCUUUCUCUCUCCUUUUGCCUCCCGAGCUUCCAAACCCUAAUUCAGUAAUUGUAUUUGACCUCAGUCCACAGAAUAUUCAAGGAUGAGCAGCCAGAUGGCUCCUCCUCCAGGUCUCAAGAGGAACAGUUUGACUCAGAAACGAGGUCCAUCGUCGUCCAGGAAACCCUUAUCGUCGGAGAAUGGCGCCUCCCAUGGAACAGUAUCCAAUUCAUCCUCUCUUUCUGCCCAAUCGUCGGUUGUCGGAGAGCGCACAGUGAAGAAUUUGAGGUUGUCUAAAGCUCUCACCAUUCCUGAGGGCACCACUGUAUCUGACGCUUGUAGGAGGAUGGCAGCUCGACGUGUGAAUGCUGUUUUAUUAACUGAUUCUAAUGCUUUGCUUUCUGGGAUUGUUACUGACAAGGACAUUGCCGCUAGAGUAAUAGCGGAGGGUUUGAGACCAGAGCAGACCAUAGUAUCAAAGAUUAUGACAAGGAAUCCUAUUUUUGUCACCUCGGAUUCAUUAGCCAUUGAAGCUCUUCAGAAGAUGGUCCAGGGCAAAUUCAGGCACCUCCCUGUUGUGGAAAAUGGUGAGGUUAUUGCAUUGCUGGAUAUAACAAAGUGUCUUUAUGAUGCUAUAUCUAGAAUGGAGAAGGCUGCUGAGCAGGGCAGCGCCAUUGCUGCUGCUGUUGAAGGUGUGGAACGUCAAUGGGGAAGCAACUUUUCUGCUCCAUAUGCGUUCAUAGAAACACUGAGGGAUCGAAUGUUCAAACCUGCGUUGUCUACUAUCAUUGGUGAACAGGCCAAGGUUGCAAUUGCUUCACUAUCAGAUCCUGUCUGUGUUGCUGCAAAGAAGAUGAGUGAAUUGCGAGUUAAUUCCAUUAUCAUUGCGACGGGGAAUAAAAUUCAGGGGAUACUCACUUCGAAGGAUAUUCUUAUGCGAGUUGUGGCACAAAAUCUUUCUCCUGAGUUGACUCUGGUGGAAAAGGUAAUGACACCAAACCCUGAAUGUGCAACAUUGGAGACGCCAAUCCUUGAUGCAUUGCAUAUAAUGCAUGAUGGGAAGUUUUUACAUCUUCCUGUCAUGGAUAAGGAUGGAUCUAUUGCUGCCUGUGUAGACGUUCUGCAAAUAACUCAUGCUGCAAUUUCCAUGGUUGAAAAUAGCUCUGGAGCAGUUAAUGAUGUAGCAAACACAAUGAUGCAAAAGUUUUGGGAUUCUGCUUUAGCUUUAGAGCCACCUGAUGAUUAUGAUACUCAGAGUGAAAUGUCAGCCAUAAUGACAUCAGAUGGGACUGAUCUUGCUAAGAAUGCUUAUCCGUCCCUCGGUCUUGGAAAUUCAUUUGCCUUCAAAUUUGUUGAUCCCAAGGGUCGAGUACAUCGUUUCAACUGUGGCACUGAAAAUUUAGAUGAGCUUACACAUGCUGUGUGGCAAAGGAUUGGUGUUGGUCAAGAUCAUCCUCAACUUUUGUACGAGGAUGAUGAAGGUGACAAAGUUUUACUUGCAACUGAUGGUGAUCUGAUUGGUGCUAUUAACCAUGCUAGAACAACAGGAUUGAAGGUUUUAAGGCUACAUCUGGACUUUUCUGAUUCAAGUAAUCAAACGCGAUCACAGCCGGACACAGUGACCGCCCAAAGGACGGGAUGGAGGUCUUUCCACUCUUCUAUUUUGGCAAGUGCUGUUGUUUUAACGGGAAUUGGUGUGCUGGUCUACCUAAAGCGUUCGAGACACUGACAAUGCAAUAGUAGUGAGAAAGUUGAUGAUUUGAGGAUUCCACCAACCUAUUGGGCUGAGCAUCGAGAAUAUAUCAGCUUUAGAUAAAGUGCCUUUUUGGUGAUAUCAAAUAAAUGCAAGGUAAAGAGAAUAUCAACAUGAUCAGAAAAUACUGAUUCUGUUGCCUACAAGAAUGAUUAAAGCUAAUCGCCAAUACAUUUAAAAUGCAAGAUGGAUUGCAUCUUUGGCAGAACGAUCUGUUUGACUGAUAACAAGAUAGACAAGACUCAUUUCUUUUUUUCUCUCAAAGACAAGACUCAUUUCAAAUAGUUGGUGUGGUAUGCGAAUUGUUACCAAAACUAGGUGUCUUUUUAUCAGUCAUUCUGGGCUGCAUGUUUACCCACAAUUUUCAAGGGAGAUUUUGUUUUACAUUAAAGAAACUCUCUUUUGGCAUGAAACUUGUGUAGCCAUUGUCAAAUUUUAAGAGAAAUCAAUAUUACGUCUGCAAUGUUGAGAUACUUGUGAAUCUCAAAGACAUUUAGAGCA